GUCAAUCCCGUUGAAUCAAAGGUACUCGGAUUUUUCUGUUUGUUAGACAAUUGUAAUGGGCGAUCCUGGCUCAUCCAUAGCUCAGUCACUGAACGGAACAUUGAAUGGAACGUUGACGAAUGCACCGAAAGAGAAAGCUGUAUAUCUGCUUCAUUCCAAUGUAAAAAUUUUUACAAAUGCAAUUGCUGCGCUGAGCAAGUUAGGCGAUGAGAUCUUUUUGCAAGCUCAGGAGCGUGGUCUUCGGCUGAAAGCUUUCAAUAAAAAUCGCUCAGCUUAUGGGGUUUUUCUGUUCAUGGAUGACUUCUUUACCGACUUCGAUACAAAGUUCGUCAAAGGUGGAGUUAGGGAUUGUCGAAUCUCAACAAAGACUGCCCUUACGAUAUUCAAAAGUGCCCACUUUAUUGAGAAGAAUUUGGUUUCCUGCACGCUUACUAUAGACUGUCUUGGACAAGGUCUCCACAUAGACUUCCAGCAUACUUAUGAUAUCUCCCGCUCCUUCGAGGUGAAUGUCAUGGAAAUCCAUAAACCAUUCACUUCGAAUAUCACGAGAGAAGACCUGUCAAAUUCGGUGACAGUAGGAGCUGCCGAAAUUACAUCCUUUCUCACUGAAAUGCAUUCUGGUAGGGAAGAGUUGAUUAUGCGCGCACUAGAGGACAAGUUUGUGUUCAAAAACUAUCUCCCAUGCGAAGACGAUACUAUUGAAGGAACUACAUGCAGAACAGAGAUUACCGUUGCGAAGUCAUGCUUCAAAAGUUUUUCGGUGCAAAAACCAUCUGAAAUUAGUUUCGGCAUGAAAGAAUUCAAGGCUAUUAUCACGUUUGCGCGGCAACAUUUCUGUGAUGUCAGUCUGUUUUUCGAUAAAGCUGGCAGUCCGCUUAUUGUUGGUGUGGAAAGCGAUGCUGGUUUCUCAGCCGAAUUCAUCAUAGCUACUUUGGAUGGAGAGGAUGAUGCAGAUGAGGAGGCAGCUCCAGCAACGACGCAAGAGCCUGUCGCCGGACCUUCGCAUGUUUCUCAGAGUGUUAGCUCGCAAAAGUCUCAAGAGUCAGUGCAAGGGUCACAAUCGAGAAGACGAAGGAUCAAGAAGCCUAGGCUAUCAAAUGAAGGGACUAGUUUUCAACCUACUCAACCUCGUCAAGAUCUAGAACCAAACGUUUCACGAGGAAAUAACGAAGAAGUACAAAGAAACUCAAGCGAAGAAUCUGCAGAGAUGCCGCCUACACAGCCUAGCCGAAAUCCGCUGGGGAACGAAUUGGCUACGGAAAGCGAUGAACAAAAUAUGGAUCGACUCUCACUAGACGAGGAUUUUAGUUCUAGCCCAGAGGCUAUGGGUGAUGUUAUGCCUAUAGAGGAAUUUGGACUGGAGCCAAGUCACCAUGAGGAAACAGAAACGAUGCAACAAGCGGAAAUAGCAGCUCCAGCGCCAAAGAUGAAUGUUGAGGUUGGUAUUGAUCUGUAUCUUGUGACAGGUGUCAAAUACUUGUUUGUGUACAUCGGCUAUGGAGAAGGGGUCAAAUAUUUGUCUUCCAUGCAGCGCGUACAUCAGAUGCAAAUGUUUGACUUAGAAGCGCGAUACGGAAACCCUGGAUAA